UGUCCGCUCAUUCAGCUCAACGCUUCUUGGAUAUCGAUUGUCCAGUAUUAUAUACAAUACACACUCACUCAUUUCUGCCUCGCGCAACAAACAACAAAUCACGUCUCACAGCACUCGCAGAAAGCAUUCAAAACUUCCAGUGUAUCAUCGCAGAUCUCCGUCGUCUUGCCUGAUUUCACUGUUAUAACACUUGCACUUCACACCUUCACCCAUUCCUCACGCGCCGCUUAGAUAGCUUGUGCGCAAUCUUCACCACCCCAAAUCUCAACCAUCAAAAACUCGAAGAAUUCAAGAUGAAGUUCUCUCUGUUCGCCGCCGCCGCUCUCCCGGCCCUUGCUCUCUCUCAGUCCACCACCACUCAGACGUCGACCACCGUCCUGACCAAGACUGUCACUCUCGCCAGACUUCACACCGUCACUUCCAUUGUCUCCUCUCACAACGCCACCACCACUGCUGCCUCUGCCACCUCGGCCCCCUACCAAUCAAUCGGCACUGCUGUCAGCACCGGCGUCGGCUCGACUGCCUUCAAGCCUACAGUCGUUCCCUCCACCGGUGCUCCCAUCGCUUCUGCCACCAAGGGCCCCCACAGCGCUGGUGUUGCUCUUGAGGCCAGCAAGGUUGCCUUGGUCGGUGUCGCCGGCAUGAUGUUUUUCGCCAUGAUGUAAAUCUUUGCGAAAUGACAGCAUACUUUGGAGUGUGGACAGUUGAGGGAUGAAGUGGACCCUUUCUUCCUCCGCGGACAGCAACCAUUUUGUCUUGUUCGCUCAUAUAUCAAACAUUUUCUUUUGUCAUCUUGAAAAAAUAAAACCCAUUCUUCUGUAUGACGAUCUACGAUCAUUUACGACUCGCCGACGAUUUGACAACGUGCUUCUGUUGAAAAGGGAUGGGCCCUUUUCGUCCACAAAGGCCUGGCGGUCUACUUCUUUCUUCUUCAUCUUCUUCUUGAUUCCCCCAAUUUUAUUCGUCUGUGCUCAAGCGCGCCCAUGGCGCUGCUGAGCGCAUGUUCCCCAUUGAUACUUUUUUUUCUUGGGUGAUCCUGUCAUGCUCGUGGUUCCUGUCGCUAAAAUGAUGACUACUGGCCACGGUUUGCAAUCCACCAACCGCCCAUUCUUUCAUCGAUUAUCAUAUGCUUGAACUUGAGCAUUGUCUAUUCUCACUCGUGGGAAUCGACUGAAUCUUGAAAGCCACUAUAAUGAAAGCACAGUUAUAUCCUUUAAUAUGACCAGAGACAGCACGCAUUGAAUGUGUGAGCGAGCGGGCUGGCUGGAUCUUAAUUUCAAUUCAAUUAUAUUCUUUUUACGCCUCCUGUUUCUAUCAUAACCCCUACACUUGGCAACUCUUCAAAACAUCUUUGGAUCUGAUACCAUGGAUGUACAUCCAGCGUGCUGGUGUACUUCUAUUUUGCGGGUGACGGGUACUUAUUCUCUUCUAUUGGUGAUACCCCCUUUUUAUAUAUUGGAGACGAUAUAGUUGGGACUGGAUUGUAUUAGAUGUGCUCUCCAAGUAUUCCUUGAGUGGCGCGUGUUCAACUACAUCUUGUCCCUGACUCAAAGGCUUGUGGUUUUGGCGUUGUGCCCUUUGGGGUUUUAUUCAGAUACUGGAGUUUGGACAGAGGUUCGGUGUUAUGGAGGGAAAACAGGCGGUGAUCGACCCUAGUGUUUGUCUUGUUGGAACUAGGCAGUACAAUAAUCACAAUCAUCGUAUCAUU